AUGAUAGUGGAUCGAAGACUCAAAAGGCUGGGAAACAGGGUUGUGACAGAGGUACUUGUGAAGUGGAUUGGGGCUUCGGAUGAAGGAAACACGUGGGAAAUCUUGGAUCGGUUAAGAGGCCUUUAUCCUCACCUUGUGGGCAAGCCAAUUCCAGUUCCAACUCCGACUGCGCAUGCCGCACAGUUUGCCAACCCUCUUCCGGUCAUCUCCACUCAGUACUGUACACCUCACCCCCUUAAUCUUGUGGUUGUCAACAAAGUCAUGACCAUAUCCGAUGGUGACUUUGUUAAUGUCAUAGACACCAACAACACCAUCAUUUUCAAAGUGAAAGGAAAGUUAGUGACCCUUCAUGGUCAUCGUGUUCUACUUGAUGCUGCUGGAAAUCCUAUCGUCACUGUUCGGAAGAAGAGAAUGACUGCACAUCACAGAUGGAAUGUGUAUAGGGGUGAAAGCAAAAAGUCUAGUGAUAUGAUUUUUACUGUUAGGCGAUCUUCAAGGAUUCAAUUAAAGGCUAAGUUACAUGUGUUCUUGGCAAAUAACACAAAGGAAGAUGUAUGCGACUUCAUCGUUUAUGCCAAAGAUCGUACCAAUAUAGUUGUGGAGAUGUCUAAAGAGACCACCGUUGGAAGUGUUAUGAUUGGAAAAGACAAUUACUCAGUAACUAUUCAUCCUAACGUUGAUUAUGCAUUCAUGGUCACACUUAUUGUGAUUCUAGAUGACAUGAACCUCAUAAACGACAUGGAUGGAGUGGCCAACAAUUCAGGCAUGACCAUGGCUGGACCACCGAUAGUUAGGGCAAAACAACUUGGACCUGUGUGCGGUUCAGGGUUUGGGCCAACCAGUGCUAACAAAACUAGUCAGCAUUCAAUACCAACUUCUAAGGAAGAAGUUGGUAUAGAAGUUUGA